AUGAUCGCGAAGCCGAAGCCAAUGGCCCCCUAUGUCCACCUCGACCAGAGCACAAAUGCAAAGAUCGCGCGAGCAGAGCGUGCAAACGCAACGACAAUCUCGAGAAGGGCGCUGCUGGGGGUUCGGGUGCUGGCCAUAGCGCUGAGAGCUCUGCAGCUGCUGGGUGCGAUGGGCUUGCUGUUGUGCAUGAUGUUUGUGAGGAAGCUGGAUGAUAUCACAGGGUGGAUUUGCCGUGUCCCGCCGGCGGUAGCUAUCUUCCAUAUCGUCUACUACAUCUACCAUGUAGCUUGUAGUGACCGUGUCCGCACCCCGAAGUCCAGCGUGAGCUACUUCCUGUUCGCCUCGGUUGUGGACCUUGCCAUCAUCUCGUUCUACGCCUUUAUCGCCAUCCUCAGCUAUCGCCAGCACCAGGGCGUCACCGACGGGGCGUGGGGCACAAUCUUCAACAACGACGAUGCCGCCUCAAAGAUAUUCAUAACCGUCUUUCUCGUCGCCUGCAUAUCUGGUGCACUUGCCAUUCUCUCCCUCCUCGUCACCCUGUACCUCAUCCGCAUCUUCCGCCAUCUCGCCUCCCUCUCUGCCGACCAGAACCCCUUCCUCGUGGACGAGAAGGACUCGGCAGCCUACACGCCCCUCGGUAAGCGCUGGAGCGACUCCACCACCGCCACCGCCGCGCCCUCCAUGCCCGAGAUCUCGAAGGCUGUCCCGUUCCUCACCACCCGCAACUCCGACCUCUCCGUCCGCGACUCGGCAUACUACACAAACAUCCCCGUGCCCUCCAAGACCGCCCGCCACAGCCUCUACCCCGCAACAGGCCAUCUGUAUCCCGCCGGCGGGCCCGUAUACGACACCCCGGCCGACACCAAGAAGUCUGCUACUGCCACGGUCGAGAGCAGCGGCGAGAGCAUGAGGAGCGUGAAGAGGGGGAAGAAGACGUGGGGGAACCUGAAGGCGGGGACCAUGCCGAAGAGGAAGGAUAGCGGGUCUAGUAGCAUCUAUAAUGGCGCCCCGGCACCGGUGGAGGAGAGGAGUACGAGUACCUCACUGCAGCCGGAGUCGAAGGGCGACAGGGACUGGAGCUUUAGCUUCAGGAAGAGAAGCGGGGCGCAUGAUGCGUCCCCUUAG